AUGGCAGUGCCUGGUGCAGGUGACUCUCUCAAUGCUAAGAGUGGACAGGCCCCUGUGGCUCAGUGCAUCGACCCGACCUGGGAGAAGCUGACUCCCGCGCAGUUGCAGUUCAUGUGGCAAGUGGAGCUCGCCAAGUGGCAGAAGAGGCUGCCGCAAAGGCGGACCCAGAACAUCCUGACCAGCCUGGGCAUCGGGGCUGUGGUGUUAGCUAUUUAUGGCUACACCUUCUACUCCGUGUCCCAGGAGCGUUUCCUAGAUGAGCUAGAGGAUGAGGCCAAAGCUGCCCGAGCCCGAGCCCUCGCGAGGGCAUCAGGACCCUGA